AUGACAGAGGCCGGGGGCCGGAUGAAAGCGGUCCCCUUCCCUCUGGCCCAUCGGCUGACCAUGAAGGAGGUGUUUGAUGCCGAGGGCAGACCGAGGGUGGACCUGCUCAAAGCUCACCUCACCAAGGAGGGCCGACUGGAGGAGGCAGUGGCCUUGCGUAUCAUCGAUGAGGGUGCUGCCAUUCUUCGCCAAGAGCGCACUAUGUUGGACAUUGAGGCGCCAGUAACAGUGUGUGGAGACAUCCACGGCCAGUUCUUCGACCUGAUGAAGUUGUUUGAAGUGGGAGGUUCCCCUGCCAACACGCGCUACCUCUUCCUGGGGGACUAUGUAGACAGGGGCUAUUUCAGCAUUGAGUGCGUGUUAUACUUGUGGUCAUUGAAAAUCCUCUACCCAAAGACACUCUUUCUUCUACGGGGAAAUCAUGAAUGUAGACAUCUGACGGAAUAUUUCACCUUCAAACAAGAAUGUAAGAUCAAAUAUUCGGAGCAGGUGUACGACUCCUGCAUGGAGGCAUUUGAUUGCCUUCCCCUUGCAGCCCUGAUGAACCAGCAGUUUCUGUGCGUGCAUGGGGGCCUUUCGCCAGAGAUUCACACGCUGGACGACAUCAAAAAGUUGGACCGAUUCAAGGAGCCGCCGGCGUUUGGGCCCAUGUGUGACUUGUUGUGGGCAGACCCACUUGAAGAUUUUGGCAAUGAAAAGACCCAAGAGUACUUUGGACACAAUACAGUCAGAGGUUGCUCCUAUUUCUACAGUUACCCAGCAGUGUGUGAGUUUUUACAGACCAACAACUUGCUUUCCAUCAUCAGAGCACAUGAAGCACAGGAUGCUGGGUACCGUAUGUACAGAAAGAGUCAGACAACAGGAUUUCCUUCUCUCAUCACAAUUUUCUCUGCUCCAAACUACCUAGAUGUCUAUAAUAACAAAGCUGCUGUGUUGAAAUAUGAGAACAACGUAAUGAACAUCCGUCAGUUCAAUUGCUCUCCUCACCCGUACUGGUUGCCUAACUUUAUGGACGUCUUCACUUGGUCUCUGCCUUUUGUGGGAGAAAAAGUGACAGAGAUGCUGGUCAAUGUCUUGAGCAUCUGCUCUGAUGACGAACUCAUGAAUGAUGGCGAUGAGAUCUUUGAUGCAAGUGCAGCUGCAGCCAGGAAGGAAGUGAUUAAGAACAAAAUUCGUGCCAUAGGGAAGAUGGCUAAAAUGUUUUCAGUUCUACGGGAAGAGAGUGAGAACGUGUUGACCCUGAAAGGCCUGACCCCCACUGGUAUGCUGCCAAGCGGAGUGCUGUCAGGGGGCAAACAGACUCUGCAGAGCGCUACCAUUGAGGCCAUAGAAGCCAUCGAGACAGUUAAGGAUGCUGAAGCCAUCCGAGGCUUCUCCCCGCAGCAUCGAAUCAGCAGUUUCGAGGAGGCCAAAGGUCUGGACCGAAUCAACGAGAGAAUGCCACCGCGGCGUGACGCCAUCAACAGUGUGGGCCUGUCAAUGGGCCGAAUGAAUAUGGGAGAGCCCAACGGGACCGACAGCAACAGCAAUAUACAGUGA